AGGAGGAUUGGGGAUAGCGGGCCCACCCACCGCCCCUCCGAGGCCCGGAGGUCGCGCGGAGCUGGGAGUGGUGUGGCCAUGGCCGUGAGGAGGGACUCCGUGUGGAAGUACUGCUGGGGAGUUUUGAUGGUUUUAUGCAGAACUGCGAUGUCCAGAUCGAUAGUUUUAGAGCCGAUCUAUUGGAAUUCCUCGAACUCCAAAUUUCUACCUGGACAAGGACUGGUACUAUAUCCACAAAUAGGAGACAAAAUGGAUAUUAUUUGCCCCAAAGUGGACUCUAAGACUGUUGGCCAAUAUGAAUACUAUAAAGUUUAUAUGGUUGACAAAGACCAAGCAGAUAGAUGCACCAUUAAGAAGGAAAAUACCCCUCUCCUCAACUGUGCCAAACCAGACCAGGACGUGAAGUUCACUAUCAAGUUUCAAGAAUUCAGUCCUAAUCUCUGGGGUCUAGAAUUUCAGAAGAACAAAGAUUAUUACAUUAUAUCUACAUCAAAUGGGUCUUUGGAGGGCCUGGAUAACCAGGAGGGAGGGGUGUGCCAGACAAGAGCCAUGAAGAUCCUCAUGAAAGUUGGACAAGAUGCAAGUUCUGCUGGGUCAGCCAGGAAUAAUGAUCCAACAAGACGUCCAGAACUGGAAGCUGGUACAAAUGGGAGAAGCUCAACAACAAGUCCCUUUGUAAAACCAAAUCCAGGUUCUAGCACAGACGGCAACAGUGCCGGACAUUCUGGUAACAAUAUCCUUGGUUCCGAAGUGGCCUUAUUCGCAGGGAUUGCUUCAGGAUGCAUCAUCUUCAUCGUCAUCAUCAUCACUCUGGUGGUUCUUUUACUCAAGUACCGGAGAAGACACAGAAAGCAUUCACCGCAGCACACGACCACACUGUCACUCAGCACGUUAGCCACGCCGAAGCGCAGCGCCAACAACAAUGGCUCGGAGCCCAGUGACAUUAUCAUCCCACUAAGGACUGCAGACAGUGUUUUCUGCCCUCACUAUGAAAAAGUCAGUGGGGAUUAUGGGCAUCCUGUGUACAUAGUCCAGGAGAUGCCUCCUCAGAGCCCAGCAAACAUUUACUACAAGGUCUGA